AGCUCAUUAAACAGACUCGUCAUGGGGAAUGGACGCUCAGGAAUCCUGCUGUUUGUUUUAUUUGUCUCUAUUCAACGUUCUGUCUCUCUCACAGUAGAUAUGUUGGAAUUUGAUGAAGCUUUAUUAACAGUGUCCAGCUAUCUCAGUCAUCCUAUUAACCUGCUGUAUGUCAGUGAUUACUGCUAUCAAUGUCUCCCUCAGCCGCUCCUGACUUUACCUUCUGGCUCCAGCACUCAGCCUGUGAAUAACAGUGUGAUUAUUAGCACCAGAUAUGCACUCUCAGUUCAGGUGGUAAACAACUCGGGAAACACGAGUCAUCUGUGUAGCUGGGAACAUAUAUAUGAAGAACAUGGUCACUAUUUAAUCUCAGUCCAUUAUUCGCUCAGCGAGCAGAACACUGGAGCAGUGCUGUGUCAGGAGAGUAUGGCCAGGCCUCCAACAAAUUGCUACCUCCCUCUUCUGGUUGCAUUUGUCAUACUGAUAGGAGUGUGUGGACUGUAUCACCUUUCAGGGUACAUCAGUAGGCUGGCCUGCUUCCGGAGACUGCAGCAGUACUGGUGCAAGAGGUUGCCCUUUUUUUCUAAGCAUGUUCAAACUUCAGAAAAUAAUUGUGGAGAACAGCCUGAACGUCCCAAAUCUCGCCGUCUGUUUUCAUUGGAUACAUUUAGAGGGUUCUCUCUGACUUUAAUGGUAUUUGUCAACUAUGGAGGAGGUGGCUAUUGGUUCUUUGAACAUGCUCCUUGGAACGGACUGACAAUUGCAGAUUUGGUUAUGCCUUGGUUUGUUUUCAUCAUCGGUACAUCGGUGGCACUAGCUUUCAACGCUAUGCUAAAGAGAGGGAUCAGCCGUUGCCAGCUCUUGUACAAGUUAACUUGGAGGACUUGCAUUCUUUUUGCAAUUGGAGUUUUCUUCCUUAAUUAUGGACCAGCUGAUGGACCACUGUCCUGGAGCUGGGCGCGGAUACCUGGAGUUCUUCAGCGUCUUGGUUUCACCUAUUUUGUCAUUGCUCUUCUACACACAUGUUUCAGUAGGGUGCAGCUUGGCACUGAGGAGAGCUGUCACUGGAGUGCUGCUGUAAGGGAUAUUGUCCUGUACUGGCCAGAAUGGAUCUUUAUCAUAGCAUUGGAGACAAUAUCUCUGUGUCUAACCUUUCUGCUUCCAGUGCCUGGGUGCCCCACAGGUUACCUGGGCCCUGGAGGGAUUGGUGACCAUGGACAGUACCCAAACUGCACUGGAGGAGCAGCAGGAUAUAUUGACAAGUGGCUGCUUGGAGCAGAACAUAUCUAUCAAAAUCCAACUUGUAAGGAGCUAUAUAAAACAACGCAGCCUUUCGACCCUGAGGGAGUACUGGGCACCAUCAACUCAGCAAUAAUGGCAUUUUUUGGAUUGCAGGCUGGGAAAAUUAUCCUGAUUUACCGUAAAUCCCCACUCAGCAUUCUAAAGAGAUUCUUAUGUUGGGCCAUAUUAUUGGGGAUUAUCUCGGCCAUCUUAACCAAGUGCACAAGGGACGAAGGAUUUAUUCCCAUCAAUAAAAACCUUUGGUCUUUGUCAUUUGUAACAACACUCAGCUGCUUCUCUUUCCUUCUUCUGGGACUUAUGUUUUAUGUGACUGAUGUGAAGCACUGGUGGCAAGGCCAACCUUUCAUUUACCCUGGUAUGAACUCAAUCUUUGUUUAUGUUGGACAUUCACUCCUGGCCACCUACUUCCCUUUUCAAUGGCAGAUGAAAUACCGGAUGUCUCAUUAUGAAAUUCUUUUUCAAAACCUUCUCGGCACCUCUAUCUGGCUUUAUGUGUCUUACUUACUCUUCAAGAAAAAAAUUUUCUUAAAGAUUUAAACUACUUUACAGAUGUAAUGCUGAAUUAAUGACAUUUUAUUCUGCAAUUAUAAAAAUAAAUAAAACUGUUGUUUGGA